AUGUUGGAGGCUAUACAAGAAACUGUUAAUGACCAAAAAGAAAAAAAUCAAGUUAAUGAUAAUAUAGAGGGUAACAAAAACACUUUUGAAACAAAAGAAAACCACAAAAUUGUUGAGGAACAGCAUCAAGGAGGCAAUGAGGUGAAUAAUGAUAAAGAUCCAGAUGAUGGCAGUUGUCAGCGUUGGAGAGAAAGAGCCUUGGAAUUAACGAACGAAGUCGAAGCGUUAAAGCAACGCUUAUGUGUUGUUGAGUUAGAAUUAACUUCGUUUUUUAUUAUUUCAGAGUUAGAAGCUGCAAAACAAAGCGCGUCUAACAAAAGAAGAAAAACAAAGGCGCAACAAACAACCACAAUCACUGAAGGUGAUCAAAGUUCCGCAGUAUCACUAACAUCAACGAAUAAAAAACAAUCUGGGAAAAAUGCAACGACAAAAAGAGGUCCAAAAAGAUUUCAAGAUCCUGAAUCUAAAAUAUUUCAAAAGAUCCCAGGAGCAGAUGAUGCACAUAUAACACCACCUGUUAUAUCAGUCACUGAUUCAUCUUCAUUUUCUCCAUGUUCUGCAAACUCUGGAGCGGUGAUAACACAGACGAUUAUCAAAACGAUUAGUUAUAUGAAUCUAAAGUUGUCAAGUUUAUUAAAAGUGCUUGAAAAUAAUUCAGUAAACAAUAUAAGCAUGCUACAGGCUUAUCCAUUAUGUAUAAAUAGUUUUGAAUCUAUUGUGAAAAAGUUGAUUUUAAAUGAUGCAUUACAAGAUAAUGAUUCCACAAACAACCUCCCUAAUGUUGCAAAUGUCAAAAGUCAAGACCCACGAGAUGCAAUAGCUAAAUUGUUGAUUCACAUUUGUCAUCAUGUUGGUCCACAAUUAAGGGAUGCAGUUUCGUUGGCUGCAGUAAAGGAGUGUCUGCGGCUGGUAUCUGAAGAAUUUGGUAUUAUUGAUGAAAAUCCGUCAAAAUCAUUACAAGAAAAUAAUGAUUCUGCAAUGACUAUACCGAUUUUGUCUACCGAUCAAGCUACUGCAUCAUUAAUGCAGGAUUCUACAUUGUUGACAAAGAAAGAUACUGAAAUUAGAGAUGUUGUGCGUAAGGAUAGUGCUUAUUUUUUAUUAUGGGUUCUUGAAGAAAUCUUGAGUAAAGAAAAUUGUAUUUUGGAUCUAACAAGAAAAGAUGUGCUAACAGGUAUUCAAUUUGCUAACAUUCUUAUUUUGUGUUUAUCUAUGUAA